AUGACUUCUGGUAUUACUGUAACGAAGAAGGAUCACAUCAUUGAGAAGGUCAAGAAAGCUAUUGAUGACGAAGAGUUCGAGGAAUUCCCCGUACAAGAAUGGGCUGAGCGAGCACAAGAUGGAGACGAUGAUGAAGUCAAUGUAUGGGAGGAUAAUUGGGAUGAUGAAACUCACGAAAGUGAUUUCUCUAAGCAGUUAAAGGAAGAACUGUCGAAGAGCGGUACUUUGCAGUGA